AUGAGUACCAACAUCUCAUCUGCCAACAUCAAGAGUCGCUGGGCCCGUCGCGUCACCCGUGAGAAGAUCGCUGCCGAGAUCAACGCCCUCGCUCAGAGAGACGCCACUCCCAUCCCCGUCGCCGGCUUCGGACCAUGCACCCCGCAUCAGCUGCCGCGCGACAGCAACUAUGAAGGAGGUGCCCUUCCCGCGCCGUCCGAUGGCAGUCGUGGCCAGUUCCGCCAAGAGCCACCGCGCAAGGUGUGCAUCGUCGGUGCUGGCGUCGCCGGCCUCUACAUUGCCAUGAUUCUCGACGACCUCAAGAUCCCCAACCUCACCUACGACAUACUAGAGUCCAACACGAGGGUCGGCGGCCGACUGUACACCCAUCACUUCAGCCAGGAGCCUCAUGACUACUACGACAUCGGAGCCAUGCGUUACCCCAAGAUCCCCUCCAUGAACCGCACCUUUGACCUGUUUGAGCGCACCAAGCUGCCGCUCAUCCCCUACGUCCUCGACGGAGUCAACUGUCCGAGCCUCUUCAACGACCGCUUCUUCGUCAAGGACACUGUCGACCCCUACCAUGUGAGCGAGCAGAAGGGCGGCUCCGUGCCCGACGACGUCGUCGACUCCUUCUCCACCAUCCUCGAGCAGGCCUUUGGUCCCUACAAGAAGAAGCUGGCGGAAAAUUUUGACCAGGGCUUCACCGAGCUCAUGGCUGUGGACGAUUACAGCACCCGCGAGUACCUCCGUCGCGGCGGCCCCGAGGGCAAGGAAAAGCGCUACAACUUCUUUGCCAUCCAGUGGAUGGAGACGCAGAACACAUCGACGAACCUCUUCGACCAGUCCUUCUCCGAGAGUGUCAUUGACUCCUUUGACUUUGACAAUCCCAUGGGGAACGUCAACUGGUUCUGCAUCGAGGGCGGCACGACGGUGCUGACGGAUUCCAUGGUCCGCGGGCUCAGCACCAAGAUCCAGACGGGCAAGAAGGUCGACAACAUUUCCAUCGAUCGAAACUCCCGCCAGGACGGGAACAUGUCGGUCCACUGUGUCGGCGAGGAAAAGCCCCGCGACGGCUACUCUACCGUCUUCAACACCACCUCCCUCGGCUGCCUCGGUCGCAUGGAUCUGCGCGGUCUUGAGCUGCAUCCGACGCAGAAGGAUGCGAUCCGCAGCAUGCACUAUGACGACUCGGCCAAGAUUGCCCUCAAGUUCCGCUACCCGUGGUGGAUCGUCGACUGCGGCAUCACCGAUGGCGGCGUCGCCUCGACGGACCUGCCGCUGAGGACCUGCGUCUAUCCCUCGUACAAUCUCCACGACGGCGCCGACAAGCCCGCCGUCUUGUUGGCCUCCUACACCUGGUCACAGGACGCCGCCCGCAUGGGAUCCCUCGUCGACAAUUCGGAGAAGCCACCGUCCGAGGACGAGCUCGUCGAACUCGUGCUUCGUAACCUUGCCCGCCUCCACGCCGAGCACAUGACGUACGGCCGCAUCAAGGCCGCCUACCUCGGUGUCUACCACGCCUGGUCCUGGACCCACGACCCCCACACGGCCGGUGCCUUUGCCCUCUUCGGUCCCGGUCAGUUCAGCAACCUCUACACCUACCUGACGCGCCCGGCCGCCGACAGCAAGUUCCACAUCGUCGGCGAGGCCUCGAGCGCUCACCACGCCUGGAUCGUCGGCGCUCUCGACAGCGCCUACAUGGCCGUCUACCGCUUCCUCUACCGCUACCGCCUCUGGGAUGCCAUCGCGGCGCUGCGGAAGCGCUGGGGCGAGGUGGAGGAGAUGGAGACGGGCGAGAACGGCACGGUGCACCUGCAGGUCGCCCUCGGGCAACUGCGCAAACAGGAUCACAUCCAGGUCGGCGACUUGGUGUCCAGGAUGCGACGGGCUUGA